AUGAAAAAUGGCGAGAAAAUUCUCGAGAUUUCCAGAAAGCAGCUACACAAAGAUGAAUUGGAUGCCGUGGCGAAAAUGGCAACAUUCUGGAAUAUUCCCAUAGUUGGUUACAUGGCUUCAUCGAAUGCAUUUGCUGACAAAUCCAUCUAUACAACACUGGCUAGAGUAUCGCUGAGAACGACAAAUUCGCUAGCCGAAGCAGUCGCUGCUAUUCUCAACCACUACAAAUGGAGAAGG